AUCAAGAUUCAAAGGGCCAAUAAAGCCGAGCGACGGGUCCUUCUCCUCUCCUACUCUCAAAGUCUCGUCCCUUCCUGUUAAAGCGUGUUUCCAAUUUGUCCUGCCCAUUGAUCUUUUCAAAACCCACCUUCCAAGUUCAAACACCACAACCACAAGCAAAAGCCUUUGUGUAUAUAUAAAGGGAGAGAUAUAUUCUGGGUACUUGGGAUGUGGGAUCUUUUUAUACUCGUAUAAUCUGUUGCUUUUCAUUUUCUUCAGUCAAUAUCAUUUGUGAGGAGGCAUGGCUUGCGCUGUUGGUUUGAUGGGCAAGACCGGGUCAUCUUGGAUUCAACUCAAGAACAAUGAAAGGACGACGAUGAAGAAGAGGAAGGCAUGUGAAAAUGGGGUUAAAGUCUCUUGCUCAUAUUCUUCUUCCGUUGGGGAUCCAUACAAGACCCUCAGAAUUCAUCGUGGUGCUGCUGAAUCUGAGGUCAAGAAGGCCUUUAGAGGGCUCGCUUUGCAGUAUCAUCCAGACGUAUGCAGAGGAAGCAACUGCAACGUGCAGUUUCAUGAAAUCAAAGAAGCAUAUGAUAUUGUGAUGAGCAAUUUGAGAGGAGAGUCGAAUGGUCCGCAGAUGUACGAGUCGGAAGACCAAGGGAUCGAUGAGCUGAUGAGAGGGACGGACGAUCCAGAUUGGGAUUUGUGGGAAGAAUGGAUGGGAUGGGAAGGAGCGGGAAUUCGCGACUACUCAUCACAUAUCAACCCUUACAUUUGAUCAUCUCAACCCAGGGGUUGUGUUUGUGCAUAUCAUAUAUGAUGGAAGCGGGGCCCGAGUCAUUGCUUUUUCUGUAUAUAUGUACCGUAACAAAACAAAGGUUAUGGCUUUGGCCAUUAUAUAGUUGAAAGAGUGACCUCAAGGUGUUCGUAAGAGAACAUGACAUGAGAGUAAAGUAUAAAAAGUUUCUUAUUAAUGUAUUAAUGUCUAUUUUUU